CUUGGUGACUCGCAGAGGGACAGCAGGAAGGGACAAGGAGCUGCAGGAGCAGACGACAUCUGCACCUGGACACCACGACCCGGCAAUGGAGAAGGAGCAAGGGGAAAUGGAGCCGCCGGCUGACGCCACCUUCCCCGGGCAGUGAGCRGCAGCCGGGGCCAUGGAGGAGGCGACGGAGCUGCAGACGGGUGGGAACUCCCUCCUCAAGGCCGUGUGGCUCGGCCGGCUCCGGCUCACCAGGCUCCUGCUGGAAGGGGGGGCUUACAUCAAUGAGAGCAAUGAGAAAGGAGAGACCGCCCUCAUGGUGGCCUGCGUCACCAAGCAYGUGGACCAGCAGAGCAUCAGCAAAGCCAAGAUGGUGAAGUACCUGCUGGACAACCGGGCCGACCCCAACAUCCAGGACAAGGCCGGGAGGACGGCGCUCAUGCACGCCUGCAUGCAGGGCGCGGGCGCUGACGUGGUGUCCCUGCUGCUGGACAACGGGGCCGACCCCAGCCUCGAGGACCACUCCGGGGCGUCCGCGCUGGUCCACGCCAUCAACGCUGAUGACAAAGACGUGCUGCAGCACCUCCUGGAUGCCUGCAAGGCCAAGGGCAAGGAGGUGAUCAUCAUCACCAUGGACAAGUCGGCCUCCGGCACCAAGAGCGCCAAGCAGUACCUGAACGUGCCCCCGUCGCUGGAGUUCAAGGARAAGGGGCCGGCCGAGGGCUGCGCGACCCCUUCGGACAUCAGCCUGAAAAGCCCCGUGUCGGCGCCCACGCAAGAGGAGGGCAGCGGCUUCAGUUCCCCCCGGGACAGCCCCCCGGGCAAGGCGCCCCCGGAGCCGCCCUCUCCCGGCCGGAGAGCCGGCAGCGCCAAGAGGGCCCGUCUGCCGCAGCUGAAGCGGCUGCAGUCGGAGCCGUGGGGGCUCGUGGCGCCCUCGGUGCUGGCGGCAGCGCCGAGCCACGAGGAGGCGGCGCGCGGCCGCACGGACGACGAGCUCGUCACGGCCAUGGGCGACCUCUGCUUCGGCAGGAAGGCGCCGCUGGCCAGGAGCGGCAGCAGCAAGAGCAGAGACGCGGCCCUGCUGCCCCUGGUAGACGAGGCGGCUCUGCGGCCGCCGGCCGCGCCGGGGCCGCCCGCCAGGAAGGGGGUCCUGGAGAAGGCCUACAACGGCUGCGCGGAGCCGCCGGACGCGUCGCCCGCGGGCGCGCCGCGCCGCCCGCCCAGGCUGCUCGAGAGGAGGGGCUCGGGCACCCUGCUGCUCGACCACAUCUCGCACACGCGCCCGGGCUACCUGCCGCCGCUCAACGUCAACCCCAACCCGCCCAUCCCCGACAUCGGCUCCAGCGCCAAAGCCUCCUCCCCGCUCGCUGCCGGACUGAAAACCCUCGUCCCCGUCGCUCCCAGCUCCCCGCGGAGGGGCGACUUGCGAGCCAAGAAGAAGCUCCUCCGCAGGCACUCCAUGCAAGUGGAGCAGAUGAGGCAGCUCUCUGAUUUUGAGGAAAUAGUGGCUCUGUAGCUAGACAACACUUUAUCUUCCAGCAAAUUUACCAAAUCGGUGUCCUCCCUGCAGAAAUGUAAGUGCCGGUUCCUGAGCACGGCGGCUGCCUGGCUCGGGGAGCGCUGGCA